UCUUCAUUUCCAUUGGUCAGGGAAGCUGUUCCUGGGAAGGGCUGGCACCCUGGGUGUUUUCCCUGACCCCGUGCCAGGCUUUCCCAGCCCCGGCCCCCUCCUGGUGAUGGAGCAUCGGGCUUUGGACUCCACAGAGAGAUGCUGGAGCCAGAGCCCGGCCCUGACAGCCGGCAGGAACCAGCCUGGAUGGGAGAGCUCAGACAGCCAGAUGUGGCCAGCCCGGGGCUAGGCGGCCUGGUUGGCCUGCUGGGAGCUGGGAGCCCAAGGCCACCAAGAGAGACCUACAGCGGGUGAAGAGCUCCAGAGGUUUCUGUCCCCAGGGGGCUGCGGGGUCCUGGUGUUUGGGGCAUCCCUGCUUCCCUGGAAAGGGAGAAAGGAGACGAACAUGUGAACUCCACUGCUCUGGGGGGAAUCGAGGCCCUCAGCACGCUCGUGGCCAAUCGACCAAGACCAGGCAGUGUGACUCCCAGCCAACAAGCCCACCAACCACCUUCUUCCUCCAUGGAGGCUCCGAUCUUCGGCUCCACAGCCCCGUCGGCUUCCUCAUCGGUCCCAUCGUCGGUCCCGUCGUCGGGGCCAGGCAACGCCUCUCUGGCCUGGGCAGAGCCGGGCCCCAGGAACCUGUCAGUUGUGGCCCCUCCGGGCCUGGAUGCGAGUGGCGUCCUCAUCACACUGGUGUACCUAGUGGUGUGCGUGGCGGGGCUGGCCGGCAACUCCCUGGUCAUCUACGCCGUCCUGCGGCACUCGGUCAGCCAGUCGGUCACCAACGUCUACAUCCUGAACCUGGCCCUGGCGGAUGAGCUCUUUAUGCUGGGGCUGCCCUUCUUGGCUGCCCAGAAUGCCCUCUCCUACUGGCCAUUCGGCUCCCUCAUGUGCCGCCUCUUCAUGGCGCUGGACGCCAUCAACCAGUUCACCAGUAUCUUCUGCCUCACGGUCAUGAGCGUGGAUCGCUACCUGGCCGUGGUCCACCCGGGGAGGUCCUCCCGAUGGCGCACAGCCCCCGUGGCCCGCGUCGUGAGUGCCACCAUCUGGGCCGUCUCAGCCGUGGUGGUCCUGCCCGUGCUGGUCUUCUCCAGCGUGCCACGGGGCAUGAGCACCUGCCACAUUCAGUGGCCCGAGCCCGCCUCCGCCUGGCAGACAGGCUUCAUCGUCUACACGGCCGCCCUGGGCUUCUUCGGCCCGCUGCUGGUCAUCUGCCUCUGCUACCUGCUCAUCGUCGUCAAGGUGCGCUCGGCUGGGCGCCGGGUGCGGGGGCCGGCGGCCAAGAGGAAGCCAUCGGAGCGCCGGGUGACCCGCAUGGUGGUGGCCGUGGUGGCCGUCUUCGUGCUCUGCUGGCUGCCCUUCUAUGUGCUCAACAUUGUCAACGUGGUGUGCCCCUUGCCCGAGGAGCCCGCGCUCUUCGGCCUCUAUUUCCUGGUUGUGGUGCUGCCCUAUGCCAACAGCUGCGCCAACCCCGUCAUCUACGGCUUCCUCUCCUACCGCUUCAAGCAGGGCUUCCGCCGGGCCCUGCUGAGGCCCUCGCGCCGGGUCCGGAGUCAGGAGGCCGCCGUCGCCGUCGGGCCCCCGAAGAAGGAUGGGGAGGAUGAGGAGGAGGAUGAAGAGGGCGAGGAGGAUGAGGAAGAAGGGAUAGGAGCCAAGGAACUGAACGGGACCAUCAGCCAGAUCUCCCGGAAUGGAGGAGGCAAGCAGGAGGCCCCGCCUGUGAGCAGUGCGGGCAGCAGCCUGCAGAAGCCUCUGCCCGAGGAGCCAAGCACUGUGGAAAAGCCCAGUGCUCUGCAGAUCAGCUACUUGUAGCUGGUAGGACUGGGCAGGGAGGCCGAGGGAGCGUGAUGAGGAGGCUAGGAAGUCCUCGAUAGGUCUUUGCUGAGGCCUGAGGCCUCCGGGAAUCAGACCAGCCUCUUCUCGACAGUCCCCCGAUGCCCCCCAAGUCCCCAUCUCUCCCACCCAAUGGAUGGCUGCUGCUGUCUGAGCUUUGGGGACCCCUAGAAUUCAGGUCCCGGGCUUCCUGUGGGCCCGAGCAGAGGCCAGUAUCAUAAAAAACCACUUGGACUGAGGGUGGUGUGGGGAGAUCGGAACCAGACAGGAUGGAGAGGUGAUUCUCAGGCCUAAGCUCUGGGGGCCACGGGGGCUUAGGACCUGCCUCAAGGGCCUCUUGAUGUCUUAGGGCCUGCUUCAGUUCAUCCCUUCUCCCUUUCCCAGCCCUGGCUCAUGCUGCAGGAAGGGGAACUGGAUUCUUUUACUGCAAGAACACAUUGACCCAAGUCAUUCCCAACCACAACUCUGGUCACUGUCCCCGGGAACCCCUCAAGGCUUCUUCCAGGAAUUCUCCCAGGCUCCUCUAGGGAGUUUCCUAUCUACAGGGGCCAGCCUUUUCCCUCUGCCUGCCUCUUCCACAUAAGCACAGGGGCAGGUCCUGGGGCACGUGGCUUUAACGUGGAUCCACCCUGUUGUUUUGAAACUGAAGCUGGGAUGAGGAUGAGGACAAGGAUGAAGCAAAGAGCUCAGGUCUCUGGCUGAUUUCUGUUUUCUUUCCCCCCACCCCCACCCCCAUCUCAGAGCCAUGGCCAUAUUUCUCUUUGCACCGUUUUAUAAUAAUAAUGAU